AUGAUGCGAUGGUCUGUGGACAUAGCAGGCAUCGACAUCGAGGCAGACUUGAUGCAUGAAGCAGGAAAAAGAGUUCCUCAAGAACCUGUGGGCUCUCUGAAAGCUCGUUGGCUUGCGCUUGACGAUCAAAAGUCAAGUAAUGGGGAACACAUCGAGAUCCUAGGGAAUGUGUGGGUACCUACCCAAGACGAACUACAGAAGUUGUAUGAUGCACGUAUCUCGAAUCCGAGGCAUCUGGAAAUCCCAUUUGAUCUGCAUCAGCAGCAGGUUUUGCAGAGCUCUUUGUCUAAAAGGCGAAGUGAAAGCACCAGUAAUGGUGAUGCAAGCAAUAUGCAGUUUAGCCAAGGCGCCAAUACUCAGUCUUUCAACAAUAACCUCGUGCCAUGCAAAGGUAAGGAAAUAUGUAUCUUUUCAACCUUUUUAAAUCCACAGGGUAAGCGAACGGCUGUGACUAUCGUCAUAAACCAACCGGUCUUUAAGGCUGUUGACAUCGUUAACGCUUUUCUGAAGCAUUAUGUCAAUUCAGAUGAACACUUAUCACAGCGGUUCUCCGCUAAUCCACGCAUGUACAAACUUUUUUUUGCAGAUGAACUCACUGGAGAGGAAGAUAUGGCAGUUCAACUGGAUUUUAAUGCCCAGAAUUUUUCCUGCUACUUCAUAAAUCCGUUGCCGGCAGCCAGACUGUACCUGUUUCCCCAGCGCACAGGGCUUCUGCCUUCUACACCAUAUGAUAUCCAUUUAACAGUGCAGAUACGUCCUCUAGAUCAGCAAGGAAAACCCAUACAACGAAAAUGCCUUGUGCCGGCCGAUAUGCUGGCGGAAAAUCUCGAGACAACUGUCUCGAGUCGACUCCUUUCAAGCGCGAUUGUGCAGGGUUCUCUACGUAUCAAAUAUGGUCCGUUAGAGCUUAACAUAAAUGAUUAUUAUGACUUUGGCCCAGGUUGUGGCCGACCGAAUUGCCCUAUUGCAGAACGUACCAUACUUUCAUUAUACCGCUUUGGUGUGUCGGAGGUUGUGGUGAGUGGUCGUGCCGUUGAAGAUGUUGCUGUCAACGGACUUGCGGAGGCUUCUGAAGAUAUUAUCGUUGAUAUGGAUGUUAACGAGGCUUUUUCAUUCCAACAAUUUGAAGUCAUUCGCAUCAGCCGAUAUGGCGCACGACAGCAGUGGCUGCUUUCUGUGGAUGGUGAGAACCUGUACACAGUGAAGCCAAACUCGGAUUCCAUCAAGACAGUAGAGCGGCCGAUUAAAGAUAUUGAGGAGAUACGCGUCUUUUCAAGUAGACCGAGGUAUAUGGAGGUGGUCUACACACGUGCAUCACGUCUUGAGGAAGAUCACUUUGAGUGCAGCACUGCAAGCAAUUGUGCCUUUCUAAAUGAGAAAUUGCGUAUUAUUCGUCGCGAACUGAAUAAAAGGCAAGAAGAGGAAAUCCAGUCUGCUGCGAUAAAAGAGCGGCAUGGUGUCAUACAUCGUUUAUUAGAUCGAUUUAGGACUAGGUGGUUCAUUUUUUGA